AUGUUUGAUCUACUCCACUCAACAUUGUAUUGGGUUCUGAAGACGUACAUCGUUUAUCGUAUUGUCAGGACAGCUGUGGCACUUUGGUCAACUGUUGCAAUAUAUGUUAUUGCUCCGUUAUUUUAUAAACCUAACUUUGAUCCAUACAAAGGACGGUGGACAGUUGUCACUGGUGGAACAGACGGUAUUGGAAAAGCAUACACAAUCGAACUGGCAAAAAAUGGAUUACGCAAAUUUCUCCUCAUUGGUCGAAAUGAAAUAAAACUUCAAGGCAUGAAAACUUAUUUGGAGGACAAGUUUGGCGCUCGCGUCCAAACGUAUCUGUUUGAUUUCUAUGAUGGUGAUUAUAAUGAGAUGAGAAAUUUUAUUGAGGAUAUCGAUGUUGGUUUUGUCCUAAAUAGUGUUGGUGUUGGACGAGAAAGAAUGGAGCGAUAUGGUGAUAACCCUGAAGCUGAUCGCAGACUGCUUAAAGUGAAUGGACUAGGUGCUGCUGAAUUCUUGUCAAUAGUUUUACCAACAAUGGAAAAGAAUGGUGGUGGACAGAUUGUUGUCCUGUCCUCUUGUCAAGGCUUUCGACCAUUUCCGUAUAUUGCGUCGUACUGUGCCUCAAAAGUCAUGCUAUCGUUCUUGUGUGAGGCAAUAAAUCGUGAAUGGUCAACAGUAAAGGUUCAGUGCUUAACACCUGCGCUUGUAGCAACAAAGAUGACACAUUAUGAUAACAAUUAUAGAUCAUUGUUUGUGAAAAAUGCGGAUGAUUUCGUAAAAGAAGCUGUCAAUACAAUUGGCUUAACGAGUAUGACAAGCGGAUGUCUUAACCAUGAACUGCAAAUGUUGACACGUCAUAUGUUUCCAUGGACCUUAUUGAAAUAUAUAUUAUUACCAGUUUACUGGUAUCAUAAGCGCAGGACUGAUGCAUCACAAGAAGUCACAGCCGAGAACAAAAAGGUUUAUUAA